UCGCAGCAAAAAUCAGUCUUUUUUUUGCAACAUAGUUCAAUUGAUUCUUGUUUGAAUUUCUGUCUUUUUUUUCUUUCAUCUCUCAUUAUUUAAUUUUUAAACAAUGACAAUUGAUUUCUAUUUUUUCCCCAUAAGUCCACCAUGUCGGACUGUUAUGAUGCUCGCAAAAGCAUUAGGAAUUCAUUUUAAUUACAUUAAAGUUUGUCCAAUGAAAGGCGAACAUAUGAAACCGGAAUUUUUGAAGUUGAAUCCGCAGCAUACAAUACCGACAAUUAAUGACAAUGGACUAAUUUUUUGUGAAAGUCGAGCAAUUAUUGGGUAUUUGGUAAACAGAUAUGCUAAAAACGACGCAUUGUAUCCAAAAGAUCCUCAGAAGAAAGGCAUUAUCGAUCAAAGGCUGUACUUUGAUGUCGGAACACUUUAUGAUCUUUUUUACAAAUGCUAUCUAUUGGUUGCUUUUGGAGCACAAACUGAAGCUGCAGAAGAAGAUGUUCAAGCUCUUAAAAGGGCUUUCGAAACUUUAAAUAUUUUUCUACAAGAUAAUGACUACGUGGCCGGAACUGAUUUAACAAUUGCCGACUUUUCAAUUAUUACUUCCGUCUCAUCAAUUGUCGAAUGUGGUUUCGACAUUGGUGCUUAUGAAAAUGUCAAUGAUUGGUACGAGAGAUGCGGUAAAAUUUUGGAAAAAUAUGGAUUUGAAGAUAUUAAUUUGAAUGGAGCAAGAUUGAUUGCUGAAUUAUACAAAUCACACUGUGAAGAAUAGUAUACUGAAAAGCAGAAAAUAUUCUCGUCAUUGAGAAUUUAGAAAUUAUAUUUUACAUCCAACAUAAUAAUACAUACCUGUAAAUAUA